UCAAAGGUUAUCAUUUUGAAUUGUAGCUGAUGUCACCACAAGAUUUGACCAGGUUUUCUGGUUUGGAGAUUUUAACUUCCGGCUUAGUGAAGAACGUGCUAACGUGGAGGCCAUCAUGAGCCACACAUCAGGAGGUGACAUGGGCCUUCUGCUGGAGCACGACCAGCUUUCCAAAGAAAUGAAGGACGGUUCAGUCUUCAAAGGUUUUCAAGAGGCACCAAUACACUUCCUCCCCACGUACAAAUUUGACAUCAACUGCGAUAUCUACGACACGACAUCUAAACAGAGAACGCCUUCAUACACAGACAGGAUCCUGUUCAGGAACAGACAAGCUGAUGACAUUAAAGUCGUGAAGUACACCAGCUGCUCCAGCAUCAAGACCUCAGACCACCGGCCUGUCAUCGGAGUCUUCCGGGUCAAACUCAGGCCAGGCAGAGAUAAUAUCCCUCUGUGUGCGGGACAGUUUGACCGAGGCUUGUUUCUUGAAGGCAUCAGGAGGAGGAUCACCAGAGAGCUGAAGAGGGAGGCCACAAAGAACCAAAGUAACAGCACUAUCUGUGCUAUUUCUUAAAAGUGGACUCUCCAGACCAAACUAGGCUGGACAGGAUCAAACUGCCAGAAAGAGGCAGGUGGAAAAGGACCAAAAGGAAGCCAGUUAUCUUAACUACACAGAACCCAGUGCAGUAACUGAGCAGAAAGCACCCUCUGUUGGGAAAUAUGUGCAUGUCCUGCUGGUUAAGGAGAGUGGCUGGCUGUACUUAAGGGCAGGGACCUUGAGAUCAGACAGACUUGGCCUUUAUUUAUUCAGCCUCCUCUACUCAAACAUGACCGGAGGUGCCGUUGUGGCUUACUCAUCAGUCACAUGCUGCAGUGUGAACUGAUUAAACUGUAAAGACUCUGUGUAGCUGCAUCUAAUUUCCUAAUUAUUUUGUAGGUGUUUAAAAAGUGUCAAGAGCAACAAUGCCAAGUUUUUCUGAAUGCUACAUCAGUGUUCAAAUGCCUUGUGAAUUUGCCAUCAAUUAGCAUACCAAACAUGAUUACAGUAAACAUCUAGGAGCAGUUUUUUUUAAAUGCAAGUUAAGCAUCAGCUGUUGGUUGAUUUUAACUUGAACUGUGUUCUAAGAUGAACAGCAGGACUGAAGAAGGGAGUUGUUACUAUUACAUUAUUUCUGUCAUUAAGUCAAAUUUCCAUUUCGUUAAUGAGUGCUACAGUCAUGAUUGUUGUUACACACUACUGUUGAAUUUCAGGGAGAUCAGAUGUUUCUAACAGCUUAUAUUAAACUUUUCUGAAGAAACUCACUUCCUGUAAAAUAGAUGGAGCAUUUUGUUUUGUUCAUGCCUGUCACUACUCUGUUCCUAGGCCAGGUGAUCCUUUGCAACAGACUAACUUAUUGCCUUACGUCUCUAACACCAUACAUACUGUAAACUGUCCAUACUGUAUGUACCACAUUAAUGAACUUGCAUUCCCAGCAUGAAGAACAAAUGCUCCAAAAAAGUGCCUGUAGGUCUUGUUUUCAUUUCCUCAGGACCUUUUUAUAUGAUGUAACAUCCAGUAAUAAAUGUUUUAAACCAUA